AUGCGCUUCCAGUAUCUCAUCCGUGGUCUCCGCAUAUUCACCACCACGAGAACCACCGCCACCCUCCCACAAUCCUUCAGCCGGAUCCCAUUUCCUAUAUCUAGAACGACAGCGCUCAAAGCUGCCCCUGCAAUCCCCUUCCUAGGCUCCCUCUUCGGCUCAACCGCCAAAGCCGAAAACUCCAACAUGUCCUACCCCGACCAGCGCAGCGAGGAGGAAUGGCGCGCAGUCUUAUCCCCUGAGCAAUUCCGCAUUCUCCGCGAAAAGGGCACAGAGCGGCCUUACUCCGGGGAAUAUGACGGCCAGUACCCGUCCCAGGGCGUCUACACCUGCGCCGGCUGCAACGCGCCGCUGUACAAGGCCUCGCAUAAAUUCAAGUCCGGCUGCGGGUGGCCGGCGUACUUUGAUUCAAUCCCCGGCGCGGUGACGAGACAUACCGAUUCGUCGUUUGGAAUGGAGCGCACGGAGAUUGUGUGCAGUAACUGUGGGGGCCAUCUGGGGCAUGUCUUCAAGGGUGAGGGGUAUCCUACGCCGACGGAUGAGAGGCAUUGUGUGAAUAGUGUUAGUUUGAAGUUUACGGAAGACGAGGAUAAAGCCAAGUCGAAGGCUUGA